UAGGUAUGAGGGAACCCCAGAAGGAAGAGCACUUUCUCGAGUAUCCAGCAUGAGAUUCCUCUUAGAUGUCCGAUAACGGUAGUGUGGGUGGUUGAGGCGCGCUCUGUCCCGGGUGUCUAGCAGAAGUUUCUUGUCUGAUGUCCUCAUCGUAGGUAUGAGGGAACCCCAGAAGGAAGAGCACUUUCUCGAGUAUCCAACAUGAGAUUCCUCUUAGAUGUCCGAUAACGGUAGUUUGGGUUGUUGAGGCGCGCUCUGUCCCUGUAUCUAGCGGAAGUUUCUUGUCCGAUGUCCUCAUUGUAGGUAUGAGGGAACCCCAGAAGGAAGAACGCUUUCUCGAGUAUCCAGCAUGAGAUUCCUCUUAGAAUCCUCUGUCCCGGGUAUCUAGCAGAUGUUUUUUCCGAUGUCUUCGUUGGUAUGAGGGGACCCCAGAACACAGCAUGCAUUCCCCUUUAUAUCUAGUGGGAGUUUUCUGAGAAUUUUCAAUGUGAGAGAGCUCUGGGAAGCAGCAGAUAUGUAUGAUAUGUCGUCUUGGCUGUCUUUGUACCCCCAGAGUAGGUGUAAGGGGGCUCUGGAAUGCAGCAUGCUCUCGCCUGAAUAUCUCCACUAACAGUCUCACUUCUCUUCCUUUAUUGGCUGCUGAUGCUUCUGCUGUUUGUCUGUCUCUCUCUUCCUGCCUCCGCCCUCCAGAUCACCACCCGUCGCACUAAGCCUACUCGUCCCUCCAGCUCUGCGGCCUCCAGCGGCACAGCCGGGGCCUCCGGAUCUGCAUCGGCAUCAUGUGGGGAGAUCAGCAGCAGCGAGCCCAGUACUCCGGCCCAGACCCCUCUGGCCGCUCCCAUCAUCCCCUCGCCCUCUCUGACCUCUCCAGUGACUCCAUUGCCUGCUCCUGGGUCCAGCAAGGAGGAGGAGAACCUGCGGGCUCAGGUGAAGGAUCUGGAUGAGAAGCUGGAGACUCUGAAGAUGAAGAGGGCUGAGGACAAGGCCAAGCUGAAAGAGCUGGAGAAAUCCAAACUGCAGCUGGAGCAGUUACAGGAAUGGAAGAGCAAGAUCCAGGAGCAGCAGGCCGACCUGCAGAAACAACUCAAGGAGGCCAAGAAGGAUGCCAAGGAAGCCCUGGAGGCCAAGGAGCGCUACAUGGAGGAGAUGGCGGACACAGCAGACGCCAUUGAGAUGGCCACUCUAGAUAAAGAGAUGGCUGAGGAGAGAGCAGAGUCUCUACAGCAAGAAGUGGACACCAUGAAAGAGAAGGUGGAGGAGCUGACCAUGGACCUGGAGAUCCUGAAACACGAGAUAGAGGAGAAAGGAUCGGAUGGCGCCGCCUCCAGUUAUCAGGUGAAGCAGUUGGAGGAACAGAACGGCAGGCUGAAGGAAGCUCUGGUCAGGAUGAGGGACCUCUCCGCCUCGGAGAAGCAGGAACACAUCAAAGUGCUGAAACAUCUGGAGAAGAAGAACAUGGAGCUGGAUACCCUGCGGCAGCAGAAGGAGAAGAUGCAGGAGGAAGUCUCCCACAUGGAGAAGACCAUCGAUGAGCUGAAGGAGCAGGUGGACGCAGCUCUGGGGGCUGAAGAAAUGGUGGAGACUCUGGCCGAGAGGAACCUGGAUCUGGAAGAGAGAGUCCGUGAACUGCGAGAGACCGUCGUCGACCUGGAAGCCAUCAAUGAGAUGAAUGACGAGCUCCAGGAAAACUCCCGCGAGACGGAGCUGGAACUGCGCGAGCAGCUAGACAUGGCAAGUGCCCGGGUACGAGAGGCGGAGAAACGCGUAGAGGCCGCCCAAGAGACUGUGGCUGAUUACCAGCAGACCAUCAAGAAAUACCGAGAUCUGACCGCUCAUUUGCAGGAGGUGAACAGAGAGCUCAGGAACCUGCAGGAGGCCUCAGUGGAGAAGGAACAGCAACCGUCUCCUGAAAUGUUUGACUUCAAGAUCAAGUUUGCUGAGACAAAGGCCCAUGCCAAGGCCAUCGAGAUGGAGCUGCGAAAGAUGGAGGUGAACCAGGCCAAUCGCCAUGUGUCCCUGCUGACGUCCUUUAUGCCGGACAGCUUCCUGCGACACGGAGGAGAUCAUGACUGCAUCCUCGUCCUGCUGCUCAUCCCCAGACUCAUCUGCAAGGCGGAGCUGAUCAGUAAACAGGCCCAGGAGAAGUUUGAGCUUUCAGAGACCGGUGAGAAGACGGGUAUGAGGGGAGCCGUGGGAGAGCAGAUGAGCUUUGCAGCCGGUCUGGUCUAUUCUCUGAGCCUCCUCCAGGCCACACUACACAAAUACGAGCAGGCUCUGAACAAGUGCAACGUGGAGGUGUACAAGAAGGUGGGCACGCUGUACCCGGAGAUGAGCGUCCAUGAACGAUCGUUGGACUUCCUGAUCGAAUUGUUACACAAAGAUCAGCUGGAUGAGACGGUGAAUGUGGAGCCGCUCACCAAAGCCAUCAAGUACUAUCAGCACUUGUACAGCAUCCACCUGGCUGACCAGCCUGAAGACUGCACUAUGCAGCUGUUUGACCAUAUCAAGUUUACACAGAGCGCUCUGGAUUGUAUGGGAGUUGAAGUGAGCAGACUGCGCGCCUUCUUACAUGUUGGACAGGAGGCGUCGGACUUUGCAAUUCUCCUGAAGGAUCUGGAGACCUCCUGCAGUGACAUCCGGCAGUUCUGUAAGAAGAUCCGCCGCAGAAUGCCGGGCACCGAGGCACCCGGGAUACCCGCCGCUCUCAGCUUUGGACCCCCGGUCUCGGAGACGCUGCUGGAAUGCCGCAAACAUCUGAAAUGGGUGGUGGCCGUCUUCCAGGAGGUGGCGGCUGCCGGCGCUCAGAUGAUCGCUCCUCUCGGGGAGAGCGAAGGUCUGCAGUCUUUGAAGCUGGAAGAUGUCGCCUUCAAGGCCACCGAACAGAUUUAUGGCUCCCAGGGCAGUAACCCAUACGAAUGCCUCCGACAGUCUUGCAGCAACUUGAUCGCCACCAUGAACAAGAUGGCCACCGCAAUGCAGGAAGGAGAGUAUGACGCCGAGAAGCCUCAAAGCAAGUCGCCUCCUCCAGUUGAGCAGAGAUCGGCUGCCCUCCGUGCAGAGAUUACAGACGCAGAGGGAUUGGGACUGAAGCUGGAGGAUAGAGAGACCGUCGUCAAAGAAGUGAAGAAGUCCCUGAAGAUCAAGGGAGAAGAGCUGAGCGAAGCCAACGUCCGGCUUAGCCUCUUGGAGAAGAAGCUGGACAGCGCCUCCAAAGAAGCAGAUGACAGGGUGGAGAAGAUCCAGACCAAGCUGGAGGAGACACAGUCUCUGCUGAAGAAAAAAGAGAAAGAAUUCGAGGAGACGAUGGAUGCCCUUCAGGCGGAUAUCGACCAGCUGGAGGCGGAGAAGGCCGAGCUAAGGCAGAGAUUGAACAACCAAUCAAAGCGCACCAUCGAGGGUCUCCGCGGAGCCCCCGCUUCUGGUGUGGCAUCUAUUGUGUCCGGCAUUGCAGGAGAGGAAGAGCAGAUAGGAGUCGUCUCCAACCAGUCCAUGCUUAACGGAUCGGGUCCUGUACAGAUCAGGGACUCGCCGCUGCUUCUGCAGCACAUCGAUGCUCUGCGCCUCUCCAUGAAGCACCUGAAGCAGGAGAACAACAAGCUGAAGGCUCAGCGGAUGAAGGAGGAGCUAUCUUCCCUACCGCUACUGCAUGUGCCUAAACUGACCCUCCCCAAAGACCGCCAGCGGGAGGAGAUCAUGUCUGGGACGCUCUACCGCAAGACCAGUCAGCUGUUGGAUACCCUCCAUCAAAUGAGCGCCAACGCCAAGGUGGUUGACAUCACACACAAGAAAGGAGGUCUGUUCUAUCAUCACGGGACUCCAUCAGCGCAGCUCCUUGAACAGGCCGCUCGCCUCAAGUCACUCAGCGAGACGAUCGACAAACUGAAGGAUGAAGUCCUGAAGGAGACGGUAUUGCAGUUCCCUGGUGCAAACGUCCCAACAGAUUUUGCCACCUUCCCAUCAUUAGACUUUAUAAAGGCCAAAGAAGAGAAGAGAGAAGACACCGUUUACAUCGGCAAGGUGAUGCUCCCCUGUCAGGCCGGGGAGGGACAGAUCCAUCGCCUGGUGCUGACCCCGGAACAACUAAGCGAACUGCAUGGUCGCCUCAUCAGCUAGAGAGAAGUGGGCUCUGCAGGUUGGGGGGAGGGGGGGAGGGGUCACCCACUAUAUACAGGGACGGAUCAGAAGCGCCAGGUGGGGUCAGUACACACGCCUGCCUCGCAAGCACUGGCCUGCUGCUUUUCUCCAUUACCACUGAGUACCUGGAGUGCCGAUAACUGCAUAAUGACACGACAGGUAGUAGUUGUCCCUCUCCUCCAUCGCAGACCAAAUAGUAAAGCAUGGCUAAGGAGUCGCCAAUCUGGCAAACGUAAGCAGGAAAUUUAAAGGUGUUUUCUAGCUCCUUUCACUGCAGGAGGCUUCUCUGCCACUUCGCCUGCUUUACUGGCGAGGUCAUCAAGGACCCCGCUGCCCUGAAGAUAACCUGUCACCUACUAUUAUGUAGCAGGCAUAUGAGCAUCCAGAUAGAUGCCUUAUCUGCCUGGAUAUGAGCAUCCAGAUGCCUCAUCUACCUGUAUAUGAGCAUUCAGAUGCCCAUCUACCUGGAUAUGAGCAUCCAGAUGCCUCAUCUACCUGGAUAUGAGCAUCCAGAUGCCUCAUCUACCUGGAUAUGAGCAUCCAGAUGCCUCAUCUACCUGGAUAUGAGCAUCCAGAUGCCUCAUCUGCCUGGAUAUGAGCAUCCAGAUGCCUCAUCUGCCUGGAUAUGAGCAUCCAGAUGCCUCAUCUGCCUGGAUAUGAGCAUCCAGAUGCCUCAUCUGCCUGGAUAUGAGCAUCCAGAUGCCUCAUCUGCCUGGAUAUGAGCAUCCAGAUGCCUCAUCUGCCUGGAUAUGAGCAUCUAGAUGCCUCAUCUACCUGCUUUAAACUUGAAUGUCCUCUGACAAUAUGUCUUCCCCUAUGUCUGGCACUAUUGCAAAAGUUGUCAAACCUGCAAAAAGUAUUUACAUAUGCCAUCCCCUUAUGUCUUUACAGGCUCUUUAUUAAGCCCACUGAGAAAUGCUCUUGUUUUUGCUCAGGGCACCAGUGUAUAGAACACGUGAUCAGAUGCAUCAUUCAAUGGGGGGCAUUUAUCAAGCAAAUUAGUGACACGGUUAACCCCGGAUUCACACUACAACUUGCAUGUCAAUCGCACAGGAAACGCAGCGCAUUCCUGUGGAAUUCACAAGUGAUUCAGUGCGGUGUGAUUUAAGCAUGGUCAUUUUGUAUUAUGCCACCAAGUGUGGGCAAACCACACAGCGUUGGCGAUCCUUUUGCGGCUGUUAUUGCCUUUUUUGUGUUGACACCUGCAGCGGAUCGCAAUGCAGUGUGGGAAAUACACAGGGAUCGCUGCGUUUUCCCGCACUGCAUAUGUGUGAACUCGGGCUUAGCCGCAAACCAGGCGGUGGCUCCUUCAACAAAGUCUUUGCAACAAGUUUACAGAACUGUGUGUUUGUAUUCCUGGGCAGCCAAGCGUGACAGUUUGCAAAGAUUUCCACUCAGAAUGAAGACGUGGUCAGGGUCAGGUUUACCUCAGGAGCUUAUGACUCCAGCUGAGACAUUGUAGUCUGUGUCACAAUGCAUUUUACUGCUCCUGUUUAGCAUCGCUAUGCCUUGUGACAGGAUUAAUGUCCUCCCCAUGUGUCUACAGUUUCUUUGUGACCUCAAAAUAAAAGAAAAAUUAGAAGAAGAAUUUUCUACAAAUUAUAUUCCAAGAACCUGUACAGCCAUAAGGAAUCGGACACAUCAAUGUUUUACAAAGAUGUUGUUUUUUUUUUUGUUUUUUGUUUUUUUAUUUUACCGCUUACCAAAAUUGUCAGGUUACACUUGAGAAGAGAACCACUUAAUGAAUGACAGCACUCAAAUUCAACACUAACGGUGUAGCUUUGUUCCCUAUUGCUUGGAUCAUGCAGACUUGUUUAAUGACGUCACUGAAUUGGGUGUCCCGUGUCCUGGAUGGGCGGGGGGGGGGUCCCGUGUCCUGGAUGGGCGAGGGGGGGGUCCCGUGUCCUGGAUGGGCGGAUGAGUCCCGUGUCCUGGAUGGGCAGGGGUCCCCAUGUCCUCCUUUGGAUUCUGUCUUCGGUGUGCCUACACUGCACAGCUGUGGUUCUUACAUACUAUAUUUAUCAGCGUUGGCUUUUUCUGUAUGCACUCUAAAUAAACUGAAAGAUAUAAAGUGAAA